CGCGUUGGGUUCGGAACAGUCAGGUGGCGCCGGAGCAACCCUCGCUCCUCCCAGAGGCUGCGGCCCCUCGAGCUCCCGCGGGUCUCUGGGCCCGGGGCCAGGGGGACAUGGCUUUGGCCACUGUGGCAGCAGCAAAACUGGUCCUCCGCCGGGCGCCUCCGCUCCUCCUCCAGCGUGGCUACCAGACGGAGAGGGGUGUCUACGGCUACCGGCCGAGGAAACCCGAGAGCCAGGAGCCCCAGGGCGGCUUGGCGCGCCCCCCAGUUGAUCACGGCCUUGCCAGGCUUGUGACGGUAUUCUGUGAGCAUGGUCAUAAAGCUGCCAAAAUCAACCCCCUCUUCACUGGCCAAGCCCUGCAGGAGAAUGUGCCUGAAAUCCAAGCCCUCGUGCAGACCCUGCAGGGACCCUUCAAUACCGCAGGAUUAUUGAACAUGGGGAAGGAGGAGGCCUCUCUGGAGGAAGUCGUAGCCUAUCUCAACCACAUCUACUGUGGGCAGAUUUCCAUUGAAACCUCCCAACUUCAGAGCCAGGAGGAGAAAGACUGGUUUGCCAAGCGGUUUGAGGAACUGAAAAAGGAGGCCUUCACCACAGAGGAGCGAAAACACCUGUCGAAACUAAUGCUAGAAUCUCAGGAGUUUGACCACUUUCUGGCCACCAAGUUUGCCACGGUGAAGCGAUAUGGAGGCGAAGGAGCUGAGAGCAUGAUGGGCUUUUUCUACGAGCUGUUGAAAAUGUCGGCCUUCAGCGGGGUGACCGAUGUCAUUAUUGGGAUGCCCCAUCGCGGGAGGCUGAACUUACUAACAGGCCUUCUGCAGUUCCCUCCGGAGCUGAUGUUCCGUAAAAUGCGAGGUUUAAGUGAAUUUCCAGAAAAUGUCUCAGCCACUGGAGAUGUCCUGUCUCAUCUGACCUCCUCGGUUGACUUGGACUUCGGUGCGCACCUUCCCCUCCAUGUGACAGUGCUGCCCAACCCCUCGCACCUGGAAGCCGUUAACCCCGUGGCUGUCGGGAAGGCGCGUGGAAGGCAGCAGUCCAGGCAGGCUGGGGACUACUCUCCAGACAGUUCGGCUCAACCUGGGGACAAAGUCAUUUGCUUACAGGUUCACGGUGAUGCUUCUUUCUGUGGUCAAGGGAUUGUUCCUGAAACAUUUACGCUCUCUAAUCUCCCACAUUUCAGAAUUGGUGGGAGUGUCCACUUGAUUGUCAAUAACCAGCUGGGGUACACCACUCCCGCAGAAAGAGGACGGUCUUCCUUAUACUGUAGUGAUAUUGGGAAGCUUGUGGGCUGUGCCAUCAUCCAUGUCAAUGGAGAUGACCCAGAGGAAGUGGUCCGGGCCACACGACUGGCGUUUGAGUACCAGCGCCUGUUCCGGAAGGACGUGAUUGUUGAUUUGUUGUGCUACAGGCAGUGGGGCCACAAUGAGCUGGAUGAGCCUUUCUUCACCAACCCCGUCAUGUACAAAAUCAUCAGAGCCCGGAAGAGCAUCCCUGACACAUAUGCAGAGUACCUCACGGCCAGUGGACUCAUGACCCAGGAGGACGUGUCAGACAUCAAAGCCUCCUACUAUGCAAAGUUAAAUGGCCAUUUAACCAACAUGGCCCACUACAGCCCCCCGGCCACGAACCUGCAGGCCCACUGGCAGGGCCUGGUACAGCCGGAAGCUUGCAUUACCACCUGGAACACAGGUGUGCCCCUCGACCUCCUGCAGUUCAUUGCCAGGAAGUCUGUGGAGGUGCCGGAGGAACUCCAGAUGCACAGUCACCUUCUGAAGAUGCACGUCCAAUCCAGAAUGGAGAAGGUGAUAGACGGAACGAAGUUAGACUGGGCCACGGCAGAAGCUCUGGCCUUGGGCUCGUUACUUGCUGAAGGUUUUAACGUCCGUCUGAGUGGCCAAGAUGUAGGCCGUGGAACUUUUAGCCAGAGGCAUGCAAUGGUUGUUUGCCAGGAGACCGAUGACACCUAUAUCCCCCUGAACCACAUGGACCCUAAUCAGAAGGGGUUUCUGGAGGUCAGCAACAGCCCGCUGUCGGAAGAGGCGGUCCUGGGAUUCGAGUAUGGGAUGAGCAUCGAAAGCCCCAAGCUACUGCCCCUCUGGGAGGCUCAGUUUGGCGAUUUCUUCAAUGGCGCCCAGAUCAUCUUUGACACGUUCAUCUCUGGAGGCGAGGCCAAGUGGCUCCUUCAGAGCGGCAUCGUGGUCCUCCUUCCCCAUGGCUACGACGGUGCGGGGCCAGAGCACUCGUCCUGUCGAAUAGAGCGUUUCUUGCAGAUGUGUGACAGUGUGGAAGAGGGGGUCGACGGGGACACCGUGAACAUGUUCGUGGUUCACCCCACCACUCCUGCGCAGUACUUCCACCUGCUCCGGAGACAGAUGGUCCGCAACUUCCGGAAGCCCCUCAUCGUUGCUUCUCCGAAGACCCUGCUCAGGCUCCCUGCAGCUGUGUCAUCUCUUCAAGAAAUGGCACCAGGAACAACAUUCAAGCCAGUGAUUGGUGAUUCAUCUGUGGAUCCCAAAAAGGUUAAGAGUCUAGUGUUCUGCUGUGGCAAACAUUUCUAUGCCCUGUUGAAGCAAAGGGAAUCUCUGGAGGCCAAGAAGCAUGACUUUGCCAUCAUUCGAAUAGAAGAACUCUGCCCCUUCCCCUUGGAUUCGCUGCAGCAGGAGAUGAGCAAAUACAAACAUGUUAGAGAUUUUAUUUGGAGUCAGGAGGAGCCUCAGAACAUGGGUCCCUGGUUUUUUGUUUCUCCAAGGUUUGAAAAGCAACUGGCCUGCAAGCUCCGUCUUGUGAGCCGACCCACUUUGCCGGUGCCCGCCGUGGGAGUUGGCACUGUUCACCAGCAGCAGCACGAGGAGGUCCUCACCAAGACCUUCAGCAGAUGAUGUCCUUUGAAGAAAUACUACUUCCUUUUAAGAAAAUUGCCAUAAAAAGAAAGGCCUGCUCCCUCCACUCUCUCCUCCAUCCACAAGGUACCACGAAAAGACUGUCUUCCUCUGAGAUGUUAGGAUUGAUGAGUACAAAGGAGAGUUUAAUCUGGAACACAUGGAACAGCCAGAGGACUUGUGCAUCAGCAUGUGAAUCCCACAAGUAACUUUAUCGUCCCUAAAAGUACAAUAAUGUUACGCUUUGGUGAGGCCUUAAUGCAGAGUGGAGUCCUGAUCCAGAUUUUUUUCAGACUCUAAUUAACUGUCUCUACCCAGGAAAAGUUCUUGAGUCUGAACUGAUAGCUGCCGAUGGAUUACCUCAACAUUACCUCCCAAUUUUCUUGACGCAUGUCACUUCCAUUAAUUUUCCCUUCUUUAUUCAAAGUCCUGUGACUCCCUGUAUUUUCUUGUUAUGUCAUCUCUGGUGCUGCCUUCCAGCCAUUGUGAAAAACGUUUCAACAAACACUGUAGCAAAACUCUAUUAUUCCUGAUUUGUGUUCUUCAAGAUCAGUGCUUAACCCAUUAUCCUCAAGUGCAGGCCUGCGCUAUUAAAUACAGCCCUCUGGGUGUACGAUCCUUUAGCGCAGUAUUAUUAAGUUAAGGAGUUGUAUCGACAAUGAAAUUGAUUUGUGGUCUAUUUGGCCACAUUAUCUUUUUUUUUUCUUUCAAAAUUGUUCUUGCAGUGAUACCUUAAUAUUUUUAAUGAACUCUGGGUGUUUGACACGGGGAUUUCAGUCCCCUGGUGGAUCAGCUUUGCCGCUAAAAGUCCCUGCUGCCAUAUGAUGUUAUUUCUCUGUGGUACUUACGGAGCACUUUAACUUUGAUAGCAGGAACUUACCGACACCAGGGGCUUUGGGGAUAUCUAGAGAUCACCAACACACUCCCUGACUCUGAAAUUAAGCUUAGUGCUGGAAGUAUAACUAAAUGGCAGCAAAUCACAUAGCUUUACGCAGUUUGCUGCAGAGGCUCUCACAUCUCCCAUGCCAUGACACUGUUUUUCGCAGAAAUGGGGCAAGUACCAGGGCCCCAGGACACCCUUGCCACUUUUACUGGCAACUCUUAAUGUCUUUCAGAAUCAACUUAUAGGUUGUUCUGGCCACAGCAAUAGAUUUGUGAUUCACAUCUGAAAUGUGUGCAUGAGGGUAUUGAUUUACCAUUUCUGUAUGAUUCACAUCCCUUUUAUCCAUAUACAUCUAACGGCAUCCUUCCUUCCUUCCUCAAGCCUUAUAAAUCGUGUAACUUGGUGCUACUCCUGUAAAUCAAUAAAAUUACAAAAGUCUGUUUAAUGGGGGCGGCUACCAAGGUUGUAUAUUGAACUGGAAAAAAAAAUAAAAGCACAGCGUCUUUUUUUCCCCUA